UUUGUAUUUAAUGAGAGCUUCUAGGUUUAAUAUAGGCAGAAAKCACGCUUGGAAAAGCAGCGGGGAAAASUAMWAAACGAGAAAAAAUAGAAAAAGAACAAGUCAGAGCCUUGGGAAGAAACAUCUAGUGCCAGUCUCACUCGGUUUAAAUUAUUCAAAAUGGUGGACGAGAAGUAGUUUGUUGAUGAGGGUCCACUAAUUAUAUCCUUAGCCAUGUAGCUGGAGUACCGCAGUUAAAAAUGGCCUCAAAGAGAGAAGGGUCYUCGCUGACUCCCUUGCUUAGAAAGCACGGUGAUUUAGAGCUGAAUUCAGUCAAUUCUAUGCCCUCAAUUGCUAUCGUACCGACGACGACCCGGCAAACUACGAGCAAAACCGUCCACCACAUGGARAGAGAAAGCACUGAAAAUGCCAUUAUCUCAUUACACCAGGCCGCAAGAGAUGGCAAAAUUGAGUUGGUAAGGCUACGUCUUCAACAGCUUGGCAAAGGGCACAAGAAGAUCCAGAAACAAGAUGUGAAUGGAACAAGAGCACUGCAUUARGCUGUGCGUUAUAACCAUCUACAUAUUGUGCAACUCUUGGUGGACUAUGGGGCAGACCUGGAAGGUAAAGGAGAAGAUGAAGCCACUCCUCUGCAUUAUGCCGCGCGAUUCUGUCUUCCAAGCAAGCAAAGCUUCAAGAGCACAACUCCACGCAUUGGACGCAAGUUCAACAAGACCAUUCCARUACCUAAAGCAUCGGCCAGUACAAGUAACAUUGCAGAUCUUGCCUUACAGCUCAAGAAGGAGGAAAAAAAAGAAUGUACUGGCAGCGGAAGCCUGAGUAAAGCUACAAGCAAGGAUAGACUCUUUGGUAAUUUGACCAAAAAACGUGAUUCAAUAAGUAAUAGAUUUUUUAAGGACUUUCAACUUGGUGACAAGAAAAAUACAAACAACAAGGAUUCACCUCAAUUAAUUAGCUCAAAUCAACUGGGACAAAACAGUCCAAAGGAAUCCAUGAUUUGUUAUUUGCUAUCAAAGAAAGUGAAUGUGAACGCUAGGGACAGCUAUGGAUCUACGCCACUACAUUAUGCGGUUGCUAAGGGAAACGUGGCGGCAGUUAUGGAGCUUCUCAGGGAGACGUCAGUUGACAUUGAGGCCAAGGAUAAGACACAGAUGACCCCACUUCAUGUUGCUGCAAGCCAUGGCUGGGUGGCUAUUGGUGCAUGUGUGGAGUGUCGAGACAAAGACAAAGAGACUCCUCUAUCCAUUGCUGCUGGUAAGAAUCAUGUGGAGGCUGUCAGACUACUGUUGGAACAUGGUGCUGAUGUUAUAUCUAAAGACGUUGAUGAUUGUACACCACUAUUUAGGGCAGCACAAGAAGGAUCUUUUGAGGUUAUUGAGUUACUGCUCAACCAUUCAAAAGGUAAAGCAUUAGUCAAAGAGGGAGACAAGAAUGAGAAUACACCCCUCCAUUGUGCAGCAGAGAAAGGCUAUGUCCGCAUUAUCAUUAAACUCCUGGACAAUGGUGCAUGUAUUGACAGCAAGAAUGACGAGGGUGCCACGCCCUUGCACUUAGCUGCUAUGCAUGGCCGAAUAAGAACUGUGUGUGCUUUAUUGAAUAAUGAUCCUUCCAUCAUCAAUGAUGAAGAUGAUGCUUCCAACACGCCUCUCCACUUGGCUGCUUUACGGGGAUACUCUGUAGUUGUAAAGGAGUUAUUAGACAGGGGUGCUGCCAUUGAUGCAAGAAAUGCAACUCUCUGGACCCCSCUGGACUGUGCWGCAGCCCGUGGGUGGGUGGAGACAGCAACAAUUUUACUCCAGGAAGAUUGCCCUGUGGAUCCUACRGAUAAAGCUAAGACAACGCCWUUACAUCUGGCAUCACGUGAYGGUCACGUGCAAAUGGUGAAYCUCCUACUCUCUAAAAAAGCUAAUAUAACACUAAAGGARAGUUCAGGGAAAAACUGCUUGGAUAUGGCUAUUGAAAACAAUCAUAAGGAAGUAGUUUUGACUAUUAUCAACCAUGAGGACUGGAGGAAAGCGAUGAGAAAUCGAUUCUAUAGUGACUCAAAAACUGUCACAUCWCCCAUGAGAAAGCUUAUCAGGAAGCUUCCAGAAGUUGCAGGUCUGGUAUUCAACAAAUGUGUUACCUCGAAUAGUCACCCUGUAGACAGCACCGACUACGCGAUCACUCUCGACUACGAGUUCCUAGACGACAUUAAUCUCGAGUGGGCGGCGAACAAUUCCGAGCCCCAGGACCAAGACGACCAUGGUAUUGACGCGGUCAUGGAAAAAAUCAAGUCGGCUUUGCCUGAAAAUGCGAAUAAACAAACWCAAAUAAAAGCCAAUCAUCCGUUGAUGCUUAUGGUCAAUAAGGAGAGAGUCAAGCUACUAAGUCAUCCCUUAGUGACAUAUCUACUUCGUUACAAGUGGCAAAAGUUCGGUCGUUCAGUUUAUUACAGCAAAUUCGUACUAUACACAACGUUCUUAUUCUUCUUGACCGGAUAUGCCUUGAUAACCACUAAAUCARUACCUAAUAUGGAAUGUAAAAAUGACACGUUUUGUGAUUGUCACGUGWCUUUUGGACCCAUUGAAACCGGAAGUGACGUACUAUGGAGAACUCUUGGUCGACCGGUUAUUAUAAUAACUGCAAGUUUGAGUAUCUUCCUUGAGGUCUUACAGUACUGCUAUGUAUGGAGGCUGUUUCUWCAGUGGCAUCGAUUGAUUGAACUAUCAGCCUAUAUAGUAUCAUUAAUAUUCGUUAUAGAUGAGAUUAGAAUAGAUGGGACAACCAUUCAAUUUCCACGAGGCACGAGAUGUUUUGCAUAUCAUUGGCAUAAUAGUGUUGGUGCUGCUGCAGUCUAUCUAUCAUGGACGAGUCUUGUUCUGUUCAUGAGGAAGUUUCCUAAGCUUGGUAUWUAUGUCGUAAUGUUUACUCAUAUUUUCAAGACGUUCGCACGGUUUUUUCUGGUAUUUUUUCUAUUCAUCGUUGGGUUUGGUCUUGGGUUUCAUAUUCUU